AUGCUUGAGCAAAAUUGGAAUAAAUUCUUGGAGGAGCAUGAAGACUUAUGUUUGUCUGGAGGUAACAUUCUGAGCGAGAAACCUUAUCUCAAGACUCGCGUUUAUGAACGCUGUCAAGCCUUUUAUGUAUAUGCUCGGGCUAAACUACUUAAUCAUCGAGAAGACUCAGAAACCGCUGAGUUAAAUUCUAGAUCAUCGUUUCUCGAUCCUGAGACAUCUACCGCAGUGCUGCCCCGGAACGCCUUGCCUCGAGUCAAAUUGCCAAACUUCUCAGGAGAUUAUAAGUCAUGGCGUUCAUUCUACGAUCUUUUCACAAGGAUGAUUCGGAAUAAUAAAGAUUUGUCAGAUGCAGAAAAGAUGCAUUAUUUGAAGACAUGCGUUACUGGAGAAGCAGCACGAUUGAUUUCAAAUCUGCCUGCCUCCAGUGAAUAUUUCAUUGUCGCUUGGGACAUGUUGAUGACGACAUACGAAAAUAAGCCUUUUUUGAUAUCCGCUCAACUGGAUCGAAUCUACGACAUAAAACCGUUAAAAGUCAAGAGUGCUCAAGGGAUGAGAAGUCUACGAACGACUGUGUUGGAAACCGUUGGCGCUCUCCGUGCGCUAGGAUGCGCUGUGGAUCAAUGGGAUCCAUUACUAGUACACUAUCUAGUAAAAUUGCUCGACCCGCAGUCUCGCGAAAUAUGGGAGAUGAAGUUCGGAUCUUUAUCGACAUACCCGACCUUCUCACAAUUCAACGAGUUUCUUCUCGGAAGGAUACGUGCAAUGGAGAAUAUCAACUCGGCUACUUCAACACUCGGAACAAGUAAAGAUAAUCCCUCAAAUUUUAACGAAAAACCUCGUCAUAGAUCUGCCGCUCACGUCACUUCAGACUUGAGUCAUCUUAAAUGCCCAUUGUGCGGAGCUGCUCAUUAUCUCGCAAAAUGCGAGCAAUACCAAUCAAAGACGACCCCGCAGCGUCGAGAUAUCGUACAAAGGCAUCGGCGAUGUUUUAACUGUCUUGGCGCGCAUGCAGCAAGCAAGUGUACUUCCACUAAACGGUGCCAGAAGUGCGGGAAGAAACAUCACACCUCCAUUCACGACAAAGAGAGGUUUUCAAAGCAGUCUGAUGAGAUUUCGGACAAACGGACAGCUGACCAAUCGGCGACAAGCUCUCAGACUCAAUCAAUGACAAUCUGA